CCGUUGGUACUUAGGAUGCAUACACCAAAGAGUCUGCAGAAAGAAAUCCAACGAAGACUUCACCAUGUAAAAAAUAUAAAAUUUGAACCAACAUUGCUUCAAAAAUCCUCAAAUGACACUGAAAAUGAUAUGUGUUCAGAUUCAGUUGACAGCAAUAAUAAUCAAAAAUUCCGCAUGAAAGCUUGUGAUGGUUUCUCAGUUCUUGAAGAGGAGAUUGUAAAACAUGACAUUGAUAAUGGAGAACGACAUCCCACUGAAACAGUUCGUCAAUACCUGUACCGUUUACAUACAAAGGGAAUUCUCACUAAAGUAUCCCUUGAACUAAUACGCAAUGUUGUUCUUCUCUAUGAAAAUGCCAGACAUACACCUCAGCCCUUUGAAGAAACAGAAUAUAACAAGUUCAAAGAAAAUCUCCAUUUGAUUAUCUCUCACAUUCGCCGUGUCUCAGCUGCCACCGAACAAACUGUACCAAAGCGAAAUGUGCAGGUAAUAUUUCAAGGAAUGAAAAAAGGACGUCUUGGUGGUACGAAGUCGAUGAUCCAGCCACGUUCCCGAAGCAACAAAGAAAUUGAGUCAGAUUUCUCCCAAGAGUAUUGUCGAAUGCGUUCGAAUACUUUGCCUAGUGUUCAAGAGAAGAAGAAGACACCUCGUACAAAGAGCAGUGACCAAACAGCAUUAUUGGAAAGCCGGCACUCAAGUCAGCGAAGCAGUUCAGAUCAUUCUACAACAACCAGUACACAAGGAAGUGUAGAGAAGCUGAUUCAUCCUUGUCACACAUCUACAACGCAGAUGGCGUAGUUCUAACAUAAAUAGAACAUUGUGUGCGUGUGUGUGUGUGUGUGUGUACAUGUAUAUCUCACUAAAACUACUUAUGUAUUUAUGUAAAUUCUGUAAUAAAGCUAUUUAAUUUC